CGCGCUCCAGCGGUCAAGUGUAAUGUGCACUGGAUUAGAGUCGACACACACACGGAGUGAACAUGGCGAUGAGAGCGGCGCUGCGGUGCGUUUCUGCAAACUUUUCCCCCAGACUGCCUCAGCUCUCGUCAGCAGCGCAGCUUUCAGCGACUCGGCUGCUGUGGAGGAGCGGUUCUCCGCGGACACUGAGCACGACCUCGGCCCUGUCCACAGCCCUGAAGUUCACAGAUAAGCAUGAGUGGGUGCGAGUGGAAGGUGGAAUUGGCACAGUUGGUAUCAGCAAUUAUGCUCAGGAGGCAUUAGGUGAUGUGGUUUACUGUGGACUCCCUGAAGUCGGCCAAAAACUUGAACAAAUGGAGGAUUUUGGUGCCUUGGAAAGUGUAAAGGCUGCCAGUGAGUUAUACUCACCACUAACUGGGGAAGUGACUGAAAUCAACACAGAGUUGGCAGAGAAUCCUGGACUUGUGAAUAAAGCCUGCUACAAAGAGGGCUGGCUAAUCAAAAUGACAAUCGAAAAGCCCGAAGAACUCGACGGCCUCAUGGAUCAAUCUGCAUAUGAUAAAUUUAUAAAGUCACUUGAAGAAUAAGCUGUGCUGUUUUAUAAUGUCAUUAUAAUCAAAGACUAGUAGGCAGGGUUACUAACCUCUUGUGUGACACGCUUUCUUAUCUGUGGUAUUUAUUUUGAUACUGAAAUUGUGCUAUCAAAAUAAUUUUAAAUCCUCAGUAACAACUUCCUUUUAGAAAGUUAGGGUUUGUUUAGCCACUAGCGAAACUUAAGGGCUCAUAGUCUCAAGAUCUGUCAGUGUUAAUGGAUCUUUGUCUGGUGUUUUGAUCCAUUAUUUAAUGUGACUUGAACGUGAUUUUUAAGUGCUUUGUCAUAUUAAUUUAAUAAAAUGUGGCCCUUAUGUUUAAAUUUA